UGACCACAUUGGGGUCUGUGAAGUCACUGCAUUAAAAGCAGGUUUAAACUUGUGACACUAUUAUUGCUGGUGUUAUGUGGAAUGCUAAUGAGGCUUACAGGAAGUUAAAGCUGUUGGUGCAUGGCCCAAAAGAGUUUCUGGUUUUCAAGAUUUGGGAAAUCAAGUGUGCUGCCUUUCUGAGAAUUCCUGCCCAUGAAAGUGCAUGGUGUACUGGAUUGAUGCAGCUUUUGAUAAAUAAUGUCAUAAAAUUUUAAGGCAGCUAGAAGUGUACUGUUGUCUCCCUCUUUGAAAGUGACUGAUUGUUUGAGGUGUCUUGUGAGACAUCUUAAAAGACCAAUUCUAAAAAAAAUAGAAGGAUAUGAGCCUUUAUUAAAUCUGCAAACACAUCUGAGAUCUCUGUAUUGUAAACACUUCUUUUUACCUCUUUUUUUAACCCAUCAGAAAGAGCCCUGUUCAGCUGAGUAGGUCUGUGAGGAAUUGCUCUUUCAUAUGUUGGAGUGUCUGAGUAACUGUCACUGAACUUCAUCCCCAGGCACUUGUCAUAAACUAGCCAGGUAUCACCAAAUACUCCACUCAGACUGAAGUCCACAGCAAUUACCUUGCACAGGUGUCAUGCUGGAGUGAAAACAAGUUUUGGAUCAAGAAAACCCAAAGGACUCUGGAGUAUUUGCUUUGCCUUUUUUGUUUUGUUUGCUUCCAGUGUUGCCUUGGAGCACUGGCAGAAAAGUUGAUUCUGAAAGCCUUUAUGCUCCUUGUUGUCUUACCUUGUGUAACUGUCAGGGUUUUGCAUUACUUAAUGUUUCUCUGGAGGGGUCUCAUUUUUCCAGCAUCAGGUGCUGAUAUAUCUAUGAUUCUUGGGUACACUUUUCUGUAUUUUAGAGUUACAUUUUAUGAUACAUGUACUUUGCUUAAGGCUUCUACUUUAACAACUAGAGUACUUAGGAAAUCCAAAUGGCAUCAUACUGAUUCAUUACCACUCUUUUGCUGGCGCAGUGAAGGCAUCGUGGGUUUUCUUCCUGCCUGAUGAUAACCCAACUAUUUGUAAUUGCUAUACAGACACAUGCUCGAUGAAGUAUUUGUUACUCUCUAUUAUUACUGUAAGUUAUAUUAUUUUCUUGUGGGCAUUUUUGCUAAGCUGAAAACUAGGAGAAAUUUAAUAUCUCCUUAAAGCAAAGGUACUCAUAGAGUUAAGAAUAAAAUAGGAAAAUUAUCUAAAUUCUGAUGAACUGUGCUUGUGUGAUUGUUUAGAGGGGGUUGUGUUUGGAAUAGACCUCCUGUACAAAAAGGCUGCUCCUCUGCCUUCUGAACCUUUACCACAGAGGAUCAGAAGAGCCACAGGAGAGCCCUGGUAUCAGAUUCAUGUCUUACUAAUCCUGCCCUUGCAGUCCUAAGCAACUGGUGCUAGGACUGUGCAUCAGUCUUGUUAUCUGUAUAUGAAUGUAAGCCCUUCUGCAAACAUCAGGGAGAGAGGGCUUCAGAUGUUAAUCUGGCCAGUACAAAGGGCACAGGAGGGAUCCAAGCAAUGGGUCCUUAAAAGCAUUUGGAAAUACUGCAGUGGCACCAGGUUAUUCUUUAACAUGUAAGACAAAAAAGGGACAAUAAAUUCCAGAUGGUCUAGGCAGCCAACAAUCAGAGUUCAGCCAUAAGGUUUUGUUUGGGGAGAAGGCCUGGAGGGAUCAUUCUCUCUUUUUUUGAAAUUCUAAACUUGAAAUAGCAAUUAAUUGACUCGGCUGUUGUUGUACAGGUGCCUACUAAGGGUUAGAGCAUCCUGCCAAACUGCAGUCAGGUAGCUGAUGAGUGCUGGAAGCAUUCUGCCUCACUCCCUGCUGUACAGGCUGUUGGAUGCACAACGCUGUGUGGCUCAUGCUCUCCCUGGGUGGGAGGACUCACGGGACACAGCCCUUCUGUUUCUGGGAGCUGGGUGCUGAGCUGAGAAAUGGCAGUCAGCAGAGUAAAGCAGCACUUAAUGGCUUUCAUCUAAACAAAGUGUUACAGGCACCUGCAGUUCACUGACUAAUGAGAAAUGAAGAAAAGGGCAGCAUAAAUGAGGCUUGCUGUGUGAAAGUUACACUAAAAUUCAGAGAAGCUUUUAACAGAGCUACUGUCAGCAGUUUUGGCUCUUUCUGGGAGAGAGAAUCCUUCCUGGGCUUUCUCUUAAACCUUAAAAAAAGUCAGAAUAAUUCAGCUAUUUUAUAGCACUUGCUAUUAAAUUUCAGGAAAUGUGCACUUAGCAUGUCCUGUACCACCUGUACAGGCUUUGCUGUUGUAAGAGCCUGGGCUUCUGGUUAUGGCUUUAUGCAAUUUCUGACAAUGCUGAGAAUGUGGCAUCAAGUGACUGUCUGCUCUGCCAGAUAAACUGCUUACCUUGAAUCUCCUCCUGCUUCCUGACCCCCACGUAUAGGGGAUACAUAGACCUCAGCAGGAGUACUGGUUAGUGCGUGGUUCCCCAGCCCUGCCCCCUCCUCUGUGUGCCGGUGUGUAGCCGUUUAUUGAAUGAAGUCUGUGGGUGGGUGGUGCCAAUGCAGAAGCGACCUCAUUGGUGCCUCAAAUAUUUUGCAAUUUCCAGGUCUGAUUUUUUUUCCAAGUGUAGAGGCAGGGUGGAGAGAGGCAUGCUUUCUUUUCCAGUAGUCAUUACAAGGUGACGUGUUCCAAGGUAAGCAAGGUAUAUUGGUGAACAAAGUGCAUCGGCAAUUGAAUGCAGCAGAUUUUCACCUAAGAGCAGACUGGAGAGAGCACUCUUGCAGAAGCCUUGAUAUCUGGGAGUUCUGAAGGCUGAAAAAAAAUCACAGAUUCCAAAAUUUUCACCAUGAAGAGCUCCAGAAAUAUCUUCUAUCUUCUCUUCUUUCAUGCUGCUCUCGGCCUGGAGCGUAUCCGGUGGUGCACAGUCUCUGAGGAAGAACUUUCUAAGUGUAAUGGCAUGAGCAAGGCCUUUAGUGAGGCUGGCAUCCUUCCCCCUCUGGAGUGUACAGCAGGGGGGUCAGCUGCUAACUGUACCCAGAUGAUCAAGGAUGACUUGGCAGAUGCAGUGACCCUGGAUGGCCGCUUGAUUUUCCAGGCUGGAAGGGAGCAUGGUCUGAAACCUGUGGUUGGGGAAGUAUAUGAUCAAGAGGUUGGAACUUCCUAUUAUGCUGUGGCUGUGGUGAAGAAGAGCUCCAACAUCACCAUCAACAGUCUGAAGGGUGUGCGCUCCUGUCACACCGGCAUCAACAGGACUGCAGGCUGGGAUGUGCCCGUGGGUUACCUCACUCACACCGGGCACCUGGCAGCAAUGGGAUGUGACCUUCCAAAAGCUGUAAGUGACUAUUUCAAUGCAAGCUGUGUUCCUGGAGCAAAUGGUGUGAACUAUCCUAAAUCCCUCUGUCAGCUCUGCAAAGGGGACUCAGAAGGACAGAACAAAUGUCAACUAAAUUCCCAGGAGCAAUACUAUGACUACAGUGGGGCUUUCAGGUGUUUGGCUGAAAAUGCUGGAGAGGUUGCUUUUGUGAAGCACAGCACAGUGCCUGGAUAUACAGAUGGGAGAAGCCUUUCUUCCUGGGCCCAGGGGCUCCGCUCCCGGGACUUCCAGCUGCUGUGUCGCGAUGGCAGAAGAGCUGAUGUGACAGAGUGGAGAAGCUGCCACCUGGCCCGAGUCCCCGCUCGGGCUGUGGUUGUGCGGCCUGACACAGAUGGGACAGUUCUCUUCCAGCUCCUAAACCAGGGACAACAAAGAUUUAAUGGGGUGGGUGCCAAGUUUCAGAUGUUUGACUCUGCAGCCUACGGUGCCCAAAAUCUUCUGUUCCGAGAUGCCACCACGGAGCUUGUUGAAAUCACAGCUCAGAAUUACCAGGCAUGGUUGGGUGAUGAGUAUCUUCAUGCCAUGCAAGCUCUGAGCUGCAACCCCAACACAAUGCCAGAAAGCCUGAACUGGUGUGUUGUAUCCACUGAGGAGAUUUGGAAAUGUGGUGAAAUGGCCGUUGCCUUUAGGAAAGAGAAUCUGAAGCCAGCAAUUCAGUGUGUUUCAGCCAAGACAAAGGAAGAGUGCAUGGAGCUGAUCCAGAAAAAGGAAAGUGAUGUUGUAGUUCUGGGUGGAGCUGAUAUUUACACAGCUGGGAAGACAUAUGGCCUUGUACCAGCUGCUGGAGAAAGUUAUUCUGCUGAUGACAGCAGCAAUGCAUACUAUGCAGUGGUGGUAGUGAAACGAAAUCUGUCCAAUGCAUUCACCAUCAGUGACCUGAGAGGGAAGAAGUCCUGCCACACAGGGCUGGGGAGAAAUGCUGGAUGGAAUAUUCCCAUUGGCAUACUAAUUAAGAGGGGGAUUAUUAAGAACAGAGACUGUAAUAUUCCUCAAGCUGUGAGUGAGUUUUUCUCUGCCAGCUGUGUGCCCUCAGCUGAGCAGGACAAUUACCCAGCAAAGCUCUGUCAACUGUGUAUUGGAGAUGACAGUGGAAAAAACAAAUGCAGUGCAAGUAGCCAAGAACGUUAUUACAGCUACAGUGGAGCCUUCAGGUGCCUGGCAGAAGAUUCUGGGGAUGUAGCCUUUGUGAAGCACUCAACGGUGUUUGAAAACACAGAUGGUAAAAACACUGCUAGUUGGGCCCAAAAGUUGAAAUCCACUGAUUUCCAGUUACUAUGUCCAAAUGGUGCCCGUGCUGAAGUCAGCCAGUUUGCCAGUUGUCACCUGGCUCAGGUGCCAGCUCAGGCUGUUAUGGUUCACCCAGAUGUCAACGUUUUUGCUCUAUAUGGACUACUGGACAGAGCCCAGGUCUACUUUGGAAAUAGCAGCAACGGAAAUGGAUUCAAAAUGUUUGAUUCUUCAACUUUUCAGGGAAAAGACUUGAUUUUUAAGGAUUCCACUGUUGAGAUUGUGCCAGUAGAAGAGAGGAGAACAUACACAGAAUGGCUGGGGAGUGAAUAUAUUGAGUCCCUUGAAGGGAUGCAAACGCCCCAGUGCUCUGGGGCAGGUAAUAAGAUAACACAAUACUCACUCAUGGCUACUGUCAUUCCCCUGCUUGUUUUAUGGCAGAUACAAGGCUUGGACUAGCACAGUCCAAAUGGCAACUUCCAGGCCACCUCUGCCCUGCCACCUUCUCUUCAGAAAAGCUGCUGUUUGGAUAACGUGCUGUGCUACCACGUGAAUGCCUCUUCCUGCCUCUCUGCAGGGCAAGUGCCAACAGCAUCUGCUCAUCAGGGAGUGGGAGGGGGCUGGAAGCUGCCCCUGUCUGUGUGGAUGGGGUGGAAUUUGGGGCAGAAACCAGCAAUACAGUAUCAACAUGGUUUACAAGAUUAGUCUAAAACUGGAGCAUUUCUGCUAUCAUUGCUGAUAGUGAACCACCCAGGAUUCCCAAGAACUGUUAGAUGGAUACUGGGUUUCUGACCUGUAGAAGAAUUUCUUGGAAGGAAAUAUCAAAAUUCUUGCCUAGUGAAUCUUCUCUCUAGCAGCCUCCUGGUGGGUUAUAUUCAGACUCCAUAUCCCUGCUUUACCCAUCCCACCCAGUUUCCCCUGAGCUCUGCUGCCACAGAGGUAAGCGCGCAGAGAAUGGACAGGCUGUGAACAGAGACCAGUCCAGCUUCUACCAUGGACAAAGUCUUCUACCUUCCAGCAGAAGAAAGUAGGGGAAAUUUCCAAAGUCACUGGAUGAAGAGGAAGCCCUGAGAGACUGGGAGGGGGACUACCCUUUGACAGAGAAAAGAACAAAGCCAAAUGUGAGCAUCCACUGAGCUUAUUGACUUUCUACACCCAGUGCUCUCAUGGCUGGACAGAGAUGUCCUGUGAUCUUUAAUUUGAUGCAGCCUUCAUCAAGAGCCUCAUGGCUGUCCUCCUUCCACAUGGGGCUAUCCUGAGUGUCUGUGCAUGAAACUCGUAUUUGCUGUAGGUGAAACAAAGUACUUCACUUCUGAGUAGCCAUUUCUACUGGCUGUAGCAUUCAGGUUUUAUUUUUAUCCAUAGCUGCACUAACCAGAUGUUGCUGUGCUGCUGGCAAGCACUGUCCUCUUGACUGUAGAGACCACCUCAUGAUCUUGGGAUGAACAGACAUUUGGUGUAAUAAAAACCUUGUAAAGCCAGAUAGUAAUCAUGUAAAUAAGUGAAAAUAGCAAAUAAACAUCAGAAGUAAUCACACUUUAA